UUUAUUUUCAACAAAGUAAACCGAGUUUUCUAAAAGUUUAAUCAUAGGUUAUGAUGACGAACGACGUAGAAAUUUACAAAUAUUUACGCGAAAUUAAUUGUUGCAAAUCAUGCUGUUUACGAUACUUAGGAUGUAGAAAUAGUCAAACGUAUUUGGACAUAAAAAGCUCCCUAAGUCAGCUUGGUAUUGAGGAAUGUUCAGAAAGUUUAGAACCACCUCAUAAACAAACGAAGGAAAAUGUUUGUGUCACCUGUCUAGAUCUUUUGAAGGAAAGAACAACAAAUGAUAUAUUGAUGCAAAUAGAACAAAGCAAUAAAUUCAACUUGUAUGAUAAUAUAAACAUAGUUUGUGCUCUAAGCUUGCCGAUAUGUAUUAACUUACGAGCUCUUUCUGUUUGGCUUUCCUUAAUCAAUAAAUUUCCUAGUCGUUUUUCUAAAACUGUACAACCAGAUGUCCCAUUAAAAGAAGUUUGGAAAUUUAUCUUUGGUCCGAAAUUGAGUGAAUUUUAUAAAAUAACUUUAGCAACAAAAGGCACCAUAUUGACUGUCGAAUUAGAAUUUGAAAAUGAAGAUGAAGAAUUAGAAAAACUUAUAAAAUCGAAACCAGAUAUAUUUAACAGCAGGCGAAAUGAGCCCAAAAAAUAUCGCCAUAUACUUACCAGAAAGUUUUUUGAGAAUAAUAUUACACCAGAACAUAUUAGUUUUGAAGAGUUUGAUAAAUAUUGCAAUCUUCCUCCUUCAAUUCCAGAUUUUCCUUUGAAAAUAAAAAAUAUAUCAAUUUUAGGGGAUACUUUAUUUAUUGCUGGUAGAUAUAACAAGUUUUCAAGAAGUUUGUGUCAGACUCCCUGGAUUAUUGAUGGAAAAAGAAUGGCUGAAAGUAGUGUGCAAGAAAUUAUAGAAGAACCUGUUAUAAAGUUAUUCAAAUGUGAUAAAAAUCUUGUACAUCUUAUUUCAAGUGGACGAGAAGAUGUAGAUGUUCGUUGUUUAGGAUUAGGGCGACCAUUUGUUCUUGAACUGCAAGAUGUUCAGUACACCAAAGUAACAUUUAGUCAGUUGCGAGAUCUUGAAAAUACAAUAAACAAAUGCCCAGACCUUCGUGUUAGAGAUUUACAAUUAGUAAACAGGGAAGAUGUAAAUCAUAUAAAGCAAGGCGAGGAAAACAAAACCAAACAAUAUCGAGCACUUUGUCUAUACAAUGGACAGAAUAAUCUUACAAAUGAUAUGAUCAGUAUUUUAAAUAAGCCUGAUGGUUUUCUCAUUCAACAAAAAACGCCUAUAAGAGUGCUACACAGACGAUCUAUGAUUACUAGGCCAAGAUUCAUACAUAAUAUGAAAGCUACUUUAAUAUUAGAUCAUCCCAAUUUAUUUUACUUGGAUGUUGUUACACAAGCCGGAACAUAUGUUAAAGAAUUAGUACAUGGAGAUUUUGGCCGAACCAUUCCAAAUGUAAAAGAUUUGCUUACAUGUUAUCUUAAAGAACAUAAUUAUGAGGAUGCAUAUAAAAUAAAUGUCGACAUUGUUGCAUUAGAUGUUACUGCAAUAGAUCUAGAUUGGCCGCCUCACAUAGAUAUUAAAACGAAUUGCCAAGAUAAUUGAUGACAGACACCUUAGUAAACUGUUUUUACAUAUAUGUGCAGUAGAAGGAAUUAUAUCUCAAACUUUAGUUUUCAAAAUAUAUAACAGACAUCGUUCUAGUUAAA